CACGUUGACUUGAUUGACAGUUAACCAUGCGCCAAAGGUCAAAGGACGAAAUAAUUUUCAUGGAAAUAAAAUCAAAUUUCCUCGCCUUUGAACGUACCAAAUGAGUUUCCCCUUAAUGCUACUUGAAUCUCGAAUGAUUAGCUAAAAAACGAGCACUAAAAGGCUAUGCAAAAGCAUAAUAUUUAACUUAUUUGCUAAACGAACCUUUAUGAUGGCAAGUAAACCCUCAAGGAGAAAACCCUUGCACCCAACGAAGAUGAAUUUUCGACCGACAACAAGUGAUAGUAACAUGGAAUUUAAAGGGACAAAACCCACCUCGGAACCGACUUCCAUCAAAGAGAUCUUCAUGCUAAUGGUGCUGUACGUCUGCAAGAAGUCGCUCUUCUUCGACACGAACAUUAAGGUGGGCCUAUAUUUAUUAUGUUUAUUCGCUGUGUCCCUUGUGGCGGACGUCGCCACCAUUCCCCGAAUAUACUUGUCCCGCUCCGACAAUUUAUUCAAUAAGUUUUUCGUCAAGUACUCCUGGGGCUGGAACUUGCUAAUAAUCCUCCCCUUUGUAAUAUUCACUUCGUACAUUUAUUGCUGUGGGCAGGUGAAGCGAAUACUGCAUCACCAUCUGCCUCGUAUCGCUGUGGCAACUUUUUUCUGGUACUUUUGGACUAAUUUGUUUAAUUACAUUGAGGCGAGCUUCGGGCGUUGCCAAAUAAAGGCGCACGGUUCAAAAGAGACUUGCUUGAAGGCGGGAUAUAUUUGGAACGGGUUUGACACUUCGGGGCAUUCAUUUAUUUUGAUUUACGGUAGUUUGUUUCUAAUUGAGGAGGCCAGGGCCAUGUUAAACUGGGACAGCAUUAAGGAGUACAUCAGGUUAGAGGAGCACAGUAGGAACACUAAGCAAACAGAGAGCACGAACCCUCUGAGGCAUUUGACCCCCGAGGAGUUUAAAACUUUACAGUUUAACUAUGAAAAGUACACCCCAUACAUUAGGGCUAAUUUUAUUCUGAUCACUUUAUUUCAAAUCUUAUGGGACAUAAUGCUCUUUUGUACGAUGCUCUACUACCAUGUGAUGAUCGAGAAGUUCUUGGGGGGCUGCAUAGCGAUUCUGACAUGGUUUUUUACGUACAGGGUGUGGUUUAGGCAUCCCAGUUUGCUCCCUAAACUGCCUGGGGAAGGAGUUUUCAAGUAUAUUAAAACUAAGGUUAAGGAGCCUCAAGUGACUGUCCGAAGGCGCACUGGUAGUAUAGUGAAUGGGAGUACUGGACCCAUGUUUAUGGGCAGACCGAUUUAUACUCAAAAUAAUCCAAAUCCUAGUCAAAACGAUGAUGGUAGUGGGGAGAAAUAAAACGAAUUUGUGGUGAUUGCAUUUUAAUUUAUUGCUUUUCUGAAUGUUUCACCUCUUACUUAGCAACAUUUGUGACUACUUGCCUUUGCACCCUAUCAUUGUAAACUUCUAUAUAAGAGGUGGAAUGUUUGGAUAAACUUGUUAUUUAUUUAUUUUUAAAUCGUGGGGAGGUUUUAUAAAUCUGUAGAUAGAAUAUAUUGAGUGUUAUACAAAUUAUUUUUGUAAAUAAAUCGAAACAAAGGGCCGAGAUCUGUCGUCAUUUUCUACUUAAUCUUAAGGCAACUGAGCUGUACAGCUUGCCAUUGCUGCACUGUUUCUCACGCGGUUUUCAGGGAUGUUUUGUAAUUUUAAAAUAAAAUUUUUUAAACUGAA